GUGUGCAGGGAUGAGUUCAGGCACAGCUGGCAUCAUCAUCCUGUAACCUGCUCUGCUAUGGGCAUAUUUGUGAGUACACUGGCAUGAACCGAAUACCUGGACAAGGUAAGGCAGACAACCAGCAGAACUGUAAAACCUGCUGAUCUGCUGUGGUUGUCGUUCUCUGCAAUUCUGCUGCUGAUACAGGAUAUUAAGGACUUCCAACCUAUUUUGGGAUUGGUUCAGAUCUGCAUUCCUGGAGAGAAAGACUUCUUAACAAUCCCCUCACUAAGGCAGAACACUGUUGGCCAGUUGGCAGCCAUGAAAACUGUACCAAAGGAGGAUAUGAGAUGCCAGGGCAGAAAAGAAGAGGACUAAAUCUUUAUGUUAUGAUCCACAGCCCGGAGGGAAAAUUGCUGUUUUUGACAACUUCUUCAAGACUUGUUUGGAGAUUGAAGACAACCUCAUAUGAUUCUUAGUUCUCUUGAAAAAUACGACCAAUCUACAGUGGACGUGAAAAGUUUUUUGCCCCUUCUUCCCCUCCAGUCUGGUCUGCAUCUGAAAAUCCAGACUCCUGCGGAACAAAAUCCUCCUCUCACCUGGCAUCCGAGCACUCUGCCAGUCUAAGCACACAUUUACAGAUACGCCGAAUGGUAUCACGCAGGAGCCACACCAUCGCACGGCAGACAUGUAAAAAAUAAAACUGUUUAAAGAAUAUAACAGAAGAAAUUGCGCGCUCUCGGCGCAGCAUCAGCACCAGCAUCCGAUGCGCGUCCCCGCCCCGGUAGAGGCUGCCCGAGAUCCCGGGAAGAGGAGUUGGAGCUGCGCGAGUUAAAGUUGGGCUAAAGGGGGGUGAGAGGAUGCUGCGGAACAAUCUACGAUAUAAUUAACAUAGCCUAUGCGGAGAAACGUGUCCUAAGUGAAGGAUGACUUGCAAAAUACUGAGCAUAUGCCUCUUAUUUUUGGGUUUUCAACAUUGCUCAUCACGAGAAUGUGUUGAUCCGCUGGUCUCGGGGCUCUAUGCCUCCUCCUUUCUGGCCUCUUCCAGAUACAACUUUCUGUAUUCUGCCAAUUUUGCCAAAUUGUAUGGCAGCAGUGGCUGGUCCCCAUCCCCAAGGGACAGACAGCCAUGGCUGCAGGUUGACCUGGGCAGGAAGUACAGACUUGUGGCCAUAGCCACCCAGGGGACCUUUAACUCAUAUGACUGGGUCACCAAGUACACCCUGCUCUAUGGAGACCGACCAGACUCGUGGACGCCGUACAUCAUGAAAGGAGGAAACUCUACGAUGCCUGGAAACUGGAAUUAUUAUCAGGUGAAGAGGAAUGUCUUCCAUUACGCCUUUACUGCUAAACACAUUCGCCUGCUGCCUCUGGCGUGGAACACAGAGAAUGGAGGGAAGAUUGGCGUGAGGCUGGAGCUGUUUGGCUGCCCCUAUGAUUCCUAUGUGCUACAGUACAACGGGGAUGACUCGGUAGUCUACAUGUACCCAGGAAAGAGGUCCCGCACAAUGCAGGACCACAUUGCCAUAAACUUCAAGACUCUGGAGCAGGAUGGUCUGCUGUUGCACAGUGAGGGAAUUCAGGGAGACCUCUUCACCCUGGAGCUGAAGAGAGGACGUCUGUAUCUACACAUCAGCCUUGGAAGCAGUGUAGUGCACAAAGUCAAUGGCCGAACUACACUGACUGCUGGCAGCCUUCUAGAUAACCUACACUGGCACUAUGUCACCAUCAAGCGCUACGGUAGACAGGUGAACUUCACAGUGGACAGUCAGACAGUGACAGCCAUCUGUAACGGAGAGUUUACCCACCUGGAUCUAGAUACACAGUUGUAUGUGGGAGGAGUAAUAGAGCAGAACCUGCCUCAUCUCCCUACCACACCAAAUUUCCGGGGCUGCCUGGAGAAUGUCUUCAUCAAUGGCAUCAACAUCAUUGACAAGGCCAAGAGAGAAGACUCCGAGAUCCGCAUACCACGAAAGAAAAAGAUGCAUUUUGCCUGCCGUGACAUUCUCCUCAAACCAAUGACCUUUGCCGGGCCCAACAACUACCUGCAGGUUCCGGGCUUCUUCAGGAGGCCCCGUAUGUUUGUCAAGUUCAAGUUCCGCUCUUGGGACUACACAGGGCUGUUAAUGUUCACGCGCUUUGCUGAUGACCUGGGUGCCCUUGAGCUGGGUCUGAGUGAGGGACAGAUCAACGUCACUAUAUUCCAGCCUGGGAAGAAGAAACUCCAGUUUGCUGCAGGGUACAGGCUGAAUGAUGGUUACUGGCAUACAGUGGAUUUGGCAGCUAGAGACAACCUACUGACCCUCACAAUUGAUGAGGAGGAGGGCUCUCCAUUAAAGAUCACCAACCCCUUCACAAUCCGGACUGGGGACCGCUACUUUUUUGGAGGUUGUCCAAAAACCAAUAACACCAUCAGGAAGUGUGAGACCAAGCUGAACCGCUUCCAUGGUUGCAUGCAGCAUAUCUUCAUUGACAAUGAACAGCUUGAUAUCGACAUUAUUCUGCAACGACAGUGGGGACGCUAUGCUGAGCUGCUGUUAGGAACCUGUGGCAUCACUGACAGAUGUACCCCGAAUCCAUGUGAACAUGAAGGCAGAUGCAUCCAGUCCUGGGAUGAUUUUAUAUGUCUUUGUGAGAACACAGGCUAUAAAGGAGAAGUGUGUCACAUGUCUGUUUAUAAAGAGUCAUGCGAAGCCUACAGACUCAGUGGCAAGUAUUGGUCUGGAAACUACACCAUCGAUCCUGAUCUCAGUGGGCCGCUGAAACCAUUUGAGGUGUACUGCAAAAUGAAGUCCUAUAAAGCUUGGACAGUGAUUAUGCAUGACAGAGUGGAUGGCACCAAGGUGACUGGGAGUUCAAUAGACCAGCCAUAUAUAGGAAAUGUCAACUACUGGAAUGCCUCCUGGGAUGAAGUCACUGCUCUGGCCAACACCUCCAUGUAUUGUGAACAGUGGAUCGACUACUCCUGCUACAAGUCUCGUCUCCUCAACACCCCCAAUGGAAGACCUUUUGGUUACUGGAUUGGUCGCAACAAUGAGAGUCACUAUUACUGGGGUGGGACGUUCAGAGAGGUCCAAAAGUGUGGCUGUGCCAUCAACCAAACCUGCACGGACCCCAAGUUUCAAUGCAACUGCGAUGCUGACUAUAGACAAUGGUACUCCGAUAAGGGCUACUUGGACUUCAGAGACCAUCUGCCUGUGAGGAAAGUGGUGGUUGGAGACACCAACAGGACCGGCUCAGAAGCACACUUCACUGUUGGGCCCCUCCGCUGCCAUGGCGACAGAAACAUCUGGAACACCAUAUCCUUUACCAAGCCCACCUACAUAACCUUCCCCACCUUCAAGCCUGGAACCACUGCCGACAUCUCCUUCCACUUCAAAACAUAUCGUGGCAAUUGUGUCUUCUUGGAGAACUCUGAUGACCAGCUUCGAAACUUUAUACGUAUAGAGCUCAAUACCACCCAUGACCUUGCCUUUGUGUUUAUGGUUGGCGAUGGCAUCCUUAAUGUGACCCUACACUCCCCUGUGCCACUCAAUGACAAUGAGUGGCACUUUGUUCAGGCUGAACUCAAUGUGAAGCUGGCCAGGAUCAAGGUUGAUUAUCAGCCUUGGGCUGUGAAACGUUUCCCAGGUCAGACCUUCAUCACCAUGAAGUUUACUCAUCCUCUCUUAGUAGGUUCAGCCAACCGCACCCUGAGACCAUUCUUAGGAUGUCUUCGAGGGUUACGGAUGAACGGUGUUCCUCUGGAUCUUGAGGGAAAAGUAAAUGAAGAACAGGGUAUAAGGAGGAAUUGUACAGGACAGUGUCUCAAUGCUACUAUACCAUGUCGAAACAGCGGCCAGUGUAUCGAGGGUUAUGCUUCCUACACUUGUGAUUGUAACAACACAGCCUUUGAUGGUUUCUACUGCCAUAAAGAUAUUGGAGCCUACUUUGAGAUUGGCUCGUGGCUGAGGUACAACAUACGAAAGAAGCCCGUGACAGACGAAGCGGCAUGGGCCAACUGGAUCGACCCACACUAUGACAACUUCAGCCUCGGCUACAACGACACAGCAGAUGACAUAGAGUUCAGUUUCAGCACUGUCCACACGCCAGCUGUGUUGCUCUACAUCAGCUCCUUCGUUCAGGACUACAUCGCUGUCAUCCUUAAGACUGAUGGUAGUGUAGAUCUGAGGUAUAGGCUGGGGCUCAUAACACACAAGUACCAGCUGACUCCCCGAAACCUGGCAGAUGGAUACCCCCAUUAUGUCAACAUAACCAGACACAACAGAACUAUCAAAACACAGGUGGAUUACAUGGAGCCCAUAGUGGAAAAGAUAACUUUAGUGGAGGAUGCCAGGUUUGACUCUCCAAAGUCCAUGUUCCUCGGCAGAGUGAUGGAGGUUGGUGACAUCGACUAUGAAAUCCAGAGGCAUAAUGCUCCAGGGUUCAUAGGCUGCAUAUCUGGAGUGAGAUACAACGUCUAUGCCCCUUUAAAGGCCCUUUUCCGUCCGAAUGAAACAGAUCCUCCGGUAACGACUCAGGGCUACGUCUCUGAAUCGAACUGUGGCGCCUUCCCUCCUGUCCUGGGUUACGUACCAUGGGAGGUAGACCCCUGGUUUACUGGCAUAGAGUAUUUUUAUAUCCAUGAUGACCUAGGCCUAUUUUGGAUAACAGUCAUUGUCAUCCUGGCACUGCUGCUGCUCUUCGGAGGCCUGUACAGCAUCUAUAUCUAUGCGUAUCAGCAGAAGGGCAGCUACCACACCAAUGAACCCAAGAACCUGGAGUCUCCCAGCAGCGCUAGGCCACUGACCGAAACCCUGAGGAGAGAAAAAAAGAACCUCCCUGAAAUUGAAGAGGAGUUUAGGAGUGACUAGCAUCACAGGACCUAUGGGACAGUGGGGUUGGGGUUUGACUAGAGGGGUUGGGCAGAGGGAAAUAGCACUUACAACAACCACAGAUACCUGUAUUAAGUUUUCUAAUUGUUUUGUUUUCUUUCUUUCUUUCUUUCUUUCUUUUUUUUUUUUUUUUUUACAAUUUUGUUUGUGUUCCUUUCCCCGGUUGAGUGGGAUCUGAUGCCUGGUGCUCUACAUAGUACGUAUUUUGGUAAGUUCUAGUUUUGCUGGGUUAUAAAGUUCAAAUCAAGCCCCAUGUUACGUGAGUAGCCAACAAGUCUCACACUGUAUUGCAGGGUGAAAUACUGAAGUGCCUCAUCUGAGCAAGCUUGAUCUGAAGUAAACAUAAUAGCUUAUUCAGAUAGGGUUUAGAUCAGACACUGUGGGAAAAGGAUUUUUAAGGGACGUUUAAUCACAUUUCGGAAAUUCAGUUUAAAGUAUUCAGGCUUUUAUUGAUUGAUUUCUUCUCUGAGCCAUUUUUGAGACAGAGUAAAGCUACCAAUAUCUUACUGUAUAGAUUUAUCACCAUCUAAAAUAUACCUUUUGAUGACAAUCUCUCACGGAGCUAUCUUUGACACCGAAGCUCAUAAUCCACCUUGGGUUUGAGCGAUGAGCACAUCUGAGAGCUGGUGUACCAAACUGGUGCAGCACAUCCAAAUCAAACAAAACUGGUGUUCAAGAAUAAAAACAACCAACUGAAGAGAGAACAAACUGACAAGCAUGGAGCUUUGAGAAGUUAAGCUUUGAGAUGACACAUAUAAAGAUUGUAAAAGGUAUAUAUGCUUAUAUUUGAUGUAUUGCAGCCUAUAACAGUGCAUUACCUAUACAGAAUGGCACAUGUAAGUGGUUCAGAAUUGCCAUAGUGUCAGUAGAUAGCAGCUUUGCCGAUCACAGUAUGCUCACAUUCUCAGCUAUGGGGCUUCAGGAAUGAGAGUGUGAUGAUUUGAAGACACUGUACCUCUAGGUGUGAGAGCUAACAGACUGUUGGUGUACUGUGGAAUCAAAACACAAGUCAGCACGAUGAUGCUAGCCAGGGACAGGGUGACCUAAAUAAUCCAAGUUCUCAUUCCUUCUGUCUUACUUCUGGUUGCUUAUAUUACGGUCAAGCUGCCAAUAGCUCGGUGCUACAGAGUGUUUGACUCGGCAGACAUCUCUCUACAAAAGCAUUACAAAAGAAUCAGUCUUCUCGCAAUCCUUUCGUCUCCAAUAAAAAGCAUCUUUUCAGGAAACAGCUGCUCCCUAUAUUGUGGAGAGGCAUACAUAAAACACACGUGCACACACACACACACAGAGUAACAUAUGUACAGAGGACCACAAGAGUGUAAAUGCUAAUAUUUUACUUCUAACUCACACUGCUUGAAUAUUUUUGCAUAAUGCUGUAGGACAGUGGCCGACUGCCCUGUCAUCGCUGCUGCUGCUUGUUUAGCUGCUUUCAGUGGAAAGUUCAAAGUUUUACCUGUAGUCCAAUGAAAUUUCCUUCUCUGGCAAAGAUGAAAUUUCAUUUGAUGUGUGGUGCAACCAAAGCUUAGGGCUAUCAUCACUCACUGCAGCUCUCCUCAAUAAGGCACUAUUGUGUAUGUGAAAAAAAUGGAGAAAAAAGUAAUACAUUUGCAACAGAUCAGCUAUGCCUAUGUAGAGCAUGAGCGCACUUUGCAGUAACAUGCAAUAAUAUGAGCUUCUUCCAGCCACCAAUGAUGUUAAAGUCUCAGUUUAAUUUGCAACUGCACAAUAGCAAAUAGGAUGUAAUGAGUGUAUACGUGAAUAUAUGAAUAAUGUGUUAAGCGACUUUUUUUAUUCCUAUGGUUUAUACAAAACAAGUUUAAAUUCAGAUGAAUGGAGUGCUUUGAAUGUAAAUCCUUUGACUCUGUAAUGUAUGAGCAGACUCUACAGUGGAUACCUGCUCUGAGGUUUUUACUGGAGGCUGCUUUAGCACUGAAAGUAAAAUUAUUCAUGGUAGCUUUUCCGAAUGCUCAGGAUAAAGAAAGUACAGUACUUGUUCUCUGUAGUGCUGAUACACCUCCAAAACUCAACUUUGUUGGUUUUCCCUCUGUUACAGACGGGCAGGACUGUGCAACAUUGUACAGUGACAGAAUGUACAGUAGAUGUAAAAACUGCAAUUACUGUAAAGGCACGACUUGCUAAUAAUGUAUGAAAAUGUACAGAUUUGGCCAAAGCUGGCAUUUAUUUUUAAGAAUGUGCUGUGAAGAGAUGAAUGAAUUUGAAAAGAAAGCAAAAAGAGUGAAACUGUUGAUUUCUGAUUGAUACAUGUGUUUUUGUUAAAUGGACAAUCACCACUCAAAAGUUCAUACUAGGUUGCAAGCCAACAAACUUGGGUCAAAUACGCUUUGUUGCCUAUUAGGAAAGAGUCGACUUAUGUAUUAUAUAAAUGUAUACACCUCACUGUAUUCAUUGGUAAAUGGAUUAUAAACAUUCAGCCUAGCAGUGUCACUUCAUUGCAACUCACUAGUUAAUUCAUGCGUGGUCCCUGGAGCGUGUGUAUGUGUGACUGACUGGAUGUUUUAGUGUUUGUAUAUUAUACCCACCAAGAACUUACUGAUGUAACAUUAUGACUUAAAAAAACAAACAAAAAAAAAAAACAAAAACCUAAUGUGCACUGAUACCAACUAUCCAGCUCACUUAUUGUAGUGCACCAACAGUAGAGGAAUAAGACAGAAACAAGGCCUGGGUGAAGCUCAGUGUGGCUUCACCAUGUUCAGGUACCAGUAGUUUGUAUGAGAUGUUAGAAGCACGCUCAAUCUGUCCUGAGCUGAUUUUGAAGUGCCCAGCCUGCUUCCUACUAACGGAGGCAAGGAUGUGGCUAAAACGGAUUAAGAUAAAAUGGCCAGUAGAGGGAGCAGACCAACAAGAUGUUCCUAGCUCAGACUGGAUAUCUGCUGAUUCCACGUGAUGUGAGACUUAGUCAGUGCUGUUUAAUGCUUCAUGGAGUUAAAUGCUAGUUGAGGAUUAAUAUCAGAAUUUAAAUAAAAAAUGAUAUUCAAAGGGGAAUAAAGUUAAAUUAGGUUGAGUAAAAAAAAAACAUGAUUUGCAUGUAAUCCUGUACUGUGCUCUAUUUACAUAAUAUUUUAGUACCUAUAAAAGCCUUAAGACUUUUUAACACUCAGUAAUAAAUCAGCAGAUACCCAGUCAACAGUGAUAUCAUGUAUGAAAUCAGAAGGUAAAACACCAGAGUGAGGUGUAGUCAGGUUAGACCAGGUUAGAUUUCUCUUCACCAUCAAACUGGAUCCCUCUGCAACAACAACCAGAAGUGAUGAUUACAGUUGUGUUUGUGACCACACUGAAAUUUAGGAUUUUUUUUUCUCUUCAGUACGCUCAAUUUUGUUUUGUAAUACUUUCACUGUAAAUGACCAUUACUGUGUAAAUCAAGGCAAAGCCAAACUGUCACCUCAAUAAAAGAAGCUUGAAGGAA